CAAGAAUAAACUUGAAAAUGACAAACUUAUCAAACCACACUGUGAUGGAAAUGUUUUACUCCACGUAGAGACGUGAACUGAAGUCUUACACAGCCACGUUCAGUGUAAUCCCCCCGUGACCUGUGACCUUGUUUUAUCACUUGUUUUUCUACAGAUGUGAGGUAUCGAGAAACCACUGAAUGUUUCACUCCCUUCUCUGUGAAUUCUUUCUUUAAGUGCAGGAGGGCAUACAUUAAUAGCUGUCAGAGUAAAAUCACACCCACACAGACAGAUAAAUACCAAGCUUUCCUCCUCAGACAUGAAGUCUUCACUCUGUAACAGACCUGUGUUGUUACUCUGUGACUGCUCCUCUUGCACAAGAUUAAACCUUGUCUGUACUUUGAGCUGGCUCCGAUCUCCUUCCUCCCAUUCUAAAUUAUCGAAGAAUUAUUUUAACACACUCUGAGCUAAUAAUUAAAUACACGUUUACAGAUUCGAGAUUUUACAGUGUAAGGGAGUAAACAUGGAGCAAAGAUUGGUGUUCCUGUAUUCAUCAAGUGAAGUCAACAAACCCUUUUUUUGUUUGUAAUGACUGCUAGAUGAAGAAUUCAAAAGACUCCUGUUUGUUGAGACUAGUUGGAUUUGUUGGCAGGUUUGUUGGUAGGCUUAAUAGGCCUCAAAACUUAUAAUUGUUUUUCAUACCAAUGACAUAUAUAUACACAAAUUAUAUUCCUUUUUGUUUGUUUUCCUAUUCAGAUUAUGUUUCAGCCCCCUGUUGUUCUUUCUUUUCCUCUCCCCACUUUUUCCCUUUUAUAUGCUUAGAAAAUAAUCUAUUUACUCCACAUGUGAGCCAUUUCAGCAGAUAAAGAGUAAAGUCAUAAUAUGACAGAAAAAAAAAGUAAAUGUUCUUUCAUUUUCUUAGCAGUGGCCCACAGGGAAAUCAGUGCGUAACAAUGCGUCAAGUUCCUUUGCUCAUGGCAUCGUGUCUAUUGUAAAGGAUGUAGGUCCAUUUCAACUGUAGAAGCCACACAGAUAUUUAGAGGAUUUUUCUCUUUACUUAAGGCGAAAAGCUGCUCAAACAACCUCGUUUUGUCUCGGCGAUUGAUUAUGGUUAAAAUUGCGUGCGUAAAGUCACGUUGGCCCGUGUUAACUUAAAGAGGCUGGAUGAAACCCGAGUAACACCACAGUUCAUCCAGAAGGGAGGGAGGGGCAGGGGGCUCUGGAAUCCACGCGGAGGGGGCUGAAGACGGCGGGGUCGUGGGGCGCGCCUCUCCCCUCCAAAGCCGUCUGACCGCUCGCUCUGGUCCGGAGCUCAGUCCUCUCCUCCCUUGCUCUCCGUCCGUGCGUAAUGGUAGAGCGGAGGAUGAACUCUUUAGUGAAAUGGGCGCUGAUCCUCUUCGUCCUCGUCUCCAUCAUUCUCAACAUCGUUCUGAUCGCUGUCCACUCCAGCAGGGCGACCAAAUGUUCGGCUCAGCGCGUCCACCCGCUGAGGGGCAAACACGACGAUCGCAGCCUUGUGUUCGCUGACCUCACCCGGGAGGAGUACUUGCAGGUCCAGCAGUACAUGGUCACACAGAAGGACUUAAACAUAUCCACCAAACGCCUAACCAAGCCAUCGGAUAAUUUCUUGUUUUUAAUAGACCUGUCACUACCCAAGAAAGCGGACGUCCUUGCUUACUUGGAAGGGAAAGCUGCAAAGCCGGUUAGAGAGGCGACGGUAGUGGUCUUCUACGGCGCUGGAGGAUACAUUAAGGAGUACGUAGUGUGGCCUCUUCCCAACCCGAAACACAUAAAAGAUGUCACCAAGGAGAGGUACAACAUGGAUCUGCCUAUCAAUGCGCGCACGGUCACCGUCGGGGAGUACGCUUUACUUUUCAAGCUUUUUGAAGUUGAGGUCUUCUCCAAACUGAAGAAGCUCAUGAAAGAGAGCUUCGACGUGAGUGAGUCCAAGACGCUGAACGCGUUCGAGCAGAUGCCCCGUGGAGUCCGAUCCGGGGACAGGAAGACCUGGGUGUCUUUCUUCAGGGAUGAGAGCGGUAUGUACAUCCACCCGGUGGGCUUUGAGGUGCUGGUUAACCACGAGAGCGUCAACGAGUCCGACUGGAGAGUGGAGCGGCUGCUCUAUAAUGGCCAAUACUUCGACACCGUAGCAGAACUCAGGGAGAAAUAUGACUCGGGCUCUGUUAAUAAAAUAGUUUACAAGGAGAUGCUUAACUACGCGUCUCUAAAACCCCAGCACAAGCCGCUGCAGAUCGGCCCGCAGCUGUUUUACGCGGAGGGGAAGCGCUACAGCGUUAAAAACAACCAAGUCCUGUACCUCGACUGGAGCUUCGCGUUCGGGCUCAGCUCUCUCACGGGCAUGAGGGUUUUUGACGUGCGUUUCAGGGACGAGAGGAUAGCCUACGAGCUGAGCGUGCAGGAGGCCAUGUCGGUGUACGGCUCGGUGACUCCGGGGAUGAUCAUUACCAAGUUUCUGGACUCAAGCAUCGGGAUAGGGCGCUUUGCGCACGAGCUGGUCCGUGGCGUGGACUGCCCCUACGAAGCCACCUACGUGGACACAUACCGCUACAUCGAUGUCCCAGCACCGGUCAGAUUCAGGAACUCGAUCUGUAUCUUUGAGCACAACAUGGGUCAGCCCCUGCGCAGGCACUUCUCGGACUUUUUCCACAACAGUUACGGGGGGAUGGUGAACAGCGCCCUGGUGUUCAGGACGAUCACAGCUAUCGGUAACUACGACUACAUGUGGGACUUCAUCUUCUACCAGAGCGGGUCAGUGGAGGCCAAGGUGCACGCCACCGGCUACAUCUCCUCUUCUUACCUGGUGGACGGCAGUCUGAGACACGGGCACCAGGUGGCGGAGAAGGUGCUGGGGAACAUCCACACCCACUUCAUCAACUUCAAGGUGGACCUGGAUGUGUUGGGGGUGAAGAAUGUUUUCCAGACCAAAGACAUGGAAUAUGUUAAUGUGUCGCUGCCAUGGAUGCCUGAUCAAUACGCUAUGGUUCCUCAGCUGGUGGAGAAAGAGCUUACAACAGAAAAGGAGGCUGCUCUGCGUUAUGACAAGAAGAGCCCUCGCUACCUCCACAUCGCCAGCAGAGAGGUCAAUAAAUGGGGUCACCAACGCUCCUACAGGCUGCAGGUGUUCAGCUUCACUGGGGAUCACCUACCAGAGAGCCAGGCCGAUGAGAGGGCCAUGUCGUGGGCCAGGUAUAAGGUUGCCAUCACCAAGCACAAGGACUUAGAGCAGACGAGUAGCAGUCUCUACAGUCAAAACAACAUCUGGACUCCAGCUGUCGACUUCAGCAAGUACAUUGAAGACAACGAAAACAUUGAAAAUGAGGACCUGGUUGCCUGGGUAACCACCGGCUUCCUCCACAUUCCCCACUCCGAGGACAUCCCCAACACAGUGACCGUGGGUAACGGGGGUGGGGUCCUGCUGCGGCCACACAACUAUUUUAAUGAGGACCCGUCCAUCCACUCUGCUGACGGGGUGUACAUUAAACCAGGCGCCGAGGACAGCUGUGACAACAACAGGAUGGCCUGUCUUGCUCAGGAUGUCUGCAGCCCCGUCCUUGAACCCUUCACUUACCAUGGCUUUGAUGGAGUGAUGAAGUUUGAGGACUGAGUCAGAAUUGUAGAAGCACGGAGAUACGCUUGCGGUUAUAUGCCAAGUUAUUUAUCAAGAAGCUUGUGUCAAUGUAAGAAUGUUUAUUGAGGCAAUUUGGGAUGGAAAAUUCUUUGUGCUACAUGAACCUCCCAUUAAAUCGAGUAGAAGAACUUUUUUUUUUCAGAAGCAGUUAGCCUGGCUCUGUCCAAAGAUAAAAAAUACAGUCUACCAACACCACAAGAGCUAACUAUUAAACACACUGUUUUCACUGUUCACAAUCUCAUUUGUGACUUCAGAACACUAACAGACAUAUAGAAGAGUCAGUUUGUGGCCUCGGGAGAGUUACAUGUUGGAACAUUUUCUUAGUGUGCAGCUUUCCAGAGUUAGUUUUCACAGUAAAGUUGCCAUGUUUGGUAUCAUUUUCCCUGUACUGAGAUCAAAAUCAACAUCAGAUCUAGUGCUUGCUAUAGCCAAAUAUACUUUACAGAAGUACUAGGUGGAUGAAUGAAAGUAUUUGUGAAGGAUAUGUUUCAGCAAGUAACUGUCCUCAAAUGGACAUUUUCACAUGCAUAUACUGUUGAAAACCAAGAAAAAACUGUUACCAGCUUUAGAAGUGCUGGCAGGUGCUAGUUGUUUCAGCCUCUUUCCAGUCUUAAUGCUUGGCGAACAUCCUGAAACAGGUUGGGAGUCUUUUACUGACCAGGAAAUGAAGUUAAAGAGUCAGAGUGAAAUAUUCUUGGGAUUCAUCCUUCAUCUUUUUUCAAAACAAAAUGCAGACCCCCUCAGAAAUGUGGCCUGUGGGUUUAAGAUUUUGCAAGUGAGGAGGUUAUCUUCAUGUCACAAUUUUAAUAGUGUUUGCCUCAAAUCUUGCAAUUACUUUUUGCUAUCGAGUUUAAAAGUAUCCAAACAGCAUUGGGAAAGGCACAAAUCUUUGUUUUUCACUCUCUGUGUUUCUUACUAAUGAGCCACUGUGAUAUAAACUGUGAUGUUGAUGUUGUGAACUGACACUGUAAAGUCAGUUGUGUAUAAAUGUAUUGUGCACUGACAAAUAUUACUAUUUAGUCUACAGCAGGAUAACUCUGAGUCACCUUGACACUGGGACUACUGAACAUUUGACUUGAUGAUUUAUAAGGAUUAAGUGAUGAUGAGGUAACCAUUGGUUGUUCGAGGGUUGGAGUUUCCCUAUUGGCCGCUGCCCUGUCAAAAUGGGUUAUCAUGAACACGUCCUCAGUAUGCUGUUAAGCUUUGUUUAUGCUCUCAUGAGACAAUGACAACAUAAUCACUCAUAGACAGCAGCCGCCUAAAUAUGCCUGAUUGUAUGCACUAUUCUCUGAGAAAAUAACAAAAGAAAACAAAACAAAAACACUGUAUCUCACAAUGUUAUCAAAGUAAGAAAAAUCUAGACUAAAAUUUUAUGGAAUUUAUCCUUAGCAGAGAUGCAAACAAACAGACAAAACUCUGUUGUAAUAAAAUGAAACAAACUGACACCAUGUUCUAAGCCACAGUGUUCCUUAAAUGCCUUGCAUGUCAUUUCUACCACUAGAGAUCUCUCAGUCAGGAGAAAACACUUUAUUUUUUAACAUUGUUGGAACUAUUUCAACACAAUAUCUAACAAGGGUCUACUUGUUUUAAGAUACUGUGAGCACAUUAAGUCCAGCUGUAUAGAACAAGUCAGUGCAGCAUUCUGACAAAUGUUCUUGUUAUUGUGUACUUUUUCACAAUUAAAGAUGAGAUUAUUUGUCUUAAAA